AUGAGAUUGCAAAAGGAAAGACCGAAAGAAAAGGAUACUUCUGUCGGCUGUAUCAGUACGUAUAUGCACUCGACGAAACCCUGAAGAAACCUCGCGCCGACGUCAAUUGUUGAAUCUCCUUGCUCUGUCGUCCAUCCUCUUCCUUUAAAGCUUAUGAAGAAAAACAUCAAGAAGAAGCAGGUAAAAAUUUCAAUUUUGAGGAAUUAGUUGAUCAUGGGGAACUGCGUGUUCAAAGGGUUUGAAGAGGGGGAAGAAGUGAUCAAGGUAAUAACAGCCAACGGCGGGGUGAUGGAGCUGUACGCACCGGUCAAUGCAGAGUGCAUCACCAACGAAUUCCCCGGCCACGGCAUCUUCCGGAGCCCUAACGUCUCCUCGGAUCCUCUCCUCCACAGCGAGGAGCUUCUGGGAGGGGAGUCGUACUACCUGCUCCCUCUCGGCGGGUGCGGGAAGAAAGGAAACACGGGCGAAGGAGACGCCAUAAGAGUGAUCAACGGGCUAGACGGGAGGAAUACGACGUCUACUUCCGUGGAGGGUACAACGGCGCCGUAUCGCAUGUCAUUCGAUAACCAAGGGGCGAUGAAGCGAUCGGCCCCGGAGGUGUUUCCGAGGUACAAUAGCAGCGGAGUGUGGAAAGUGAAGCUGGUGAUAAGCCCACAGCAGUUGUCGGAGAUAUUGUCGCAGGAGGCUCGCACGGAGGCGCUGAUUGAGAGCGUGAGGACUGUGGCCAAGUGCGGGAACAGCGCGCCGUCGACGGCCGCUAAUUCCGACCAGUGGAGCCUUUCCGGCAGUUGGAAGGCCUCGUCGGAGAAGUAUGGCCCCGAUGACUAAUUACUCCUAGAAUAAAUGUAGUAAAGUUAUCUAGUAUCUGUAUUUUGUUCAUUAUAAUUAAUUGUUGCUGAACUGUUCAUUGAUUUGCCAAAAGAAAAAAAAAAAAAAAAACCAGCAAUUCCUUUAGUUAA